AUGAAAGAGGAUGCCCGCUUAGGCACCAAGGAACCGCCACCUUAUAUGGGGGAGGGCAGCGGAGUUCUGGUGAUGAUAUUCAGAACAGGCAUGGUGGAAGCACACGUGGGUGGAUGGUCACGUGGGGCGCCGCAUGUUCGCAUUCUCCUUUUGGGGGAGAACCACCACACUGCCCCUAUUUUCGAUUCCUCUUGGACGACAUUUACGAACUGCACGACGAUGCUCGGACCUCCGACGUCACCCAUAGCGCGACCGCGACCUCCGAGCCAAAGUCGAAGAUCGUCUGGAAUGUCGGCUCCCAACACACCGGCUCGGCUGAGGACCCAGUCGCACACACCCGCACGCACCCACAGAUCCCUGCUUUCCCCGACUGAUGCCGAACUUGCCCCUCCGCCAUAUUCAAAGGAGAACACACAGCAACGCCCAAACCCCCGACACUCGCUGACCGAGAUAGACGAUAUGCUCAAUGUUGCUGGCAGUGUUGUACGUAAUAGAGAACGAGUCCCUGUGAUUGAUAAUCUUUUGUUCAUUGCGCUCAUCACAACGUGCAUUGUAGAAUUGGAUGCCGCCGCUCUAGCCUCGCGCUCAUUGCUAGAGGAGAACAAGCUUAUGUUCGCCAAGCGGGAGGCUCUCCUCGCACGACUCCCCAUCAGCAACCGGAACUCACUUUCCUCUACUCCUCCGCCCGAGCGCCAACACUCGAAUCGCUCCUCAAGUUGGUCCACGUGCUCAGACGAAUCCGACAACGACAAUAGUACUGCAACUGCUACGCCUUUUCGGGACAUGUCAAUUCCUCUUCCCAUAGAUCCGCUAGAGGCCCAUCGGGUCAUCACCCCCUCGCACUCGGCCAGCAAUUCCAUCGAUAUUAGCGCCGUUGUAGCAUCUUCGAGCCCCUUUGAGCCCCCUGCGGCAAGGUUGGCACCCACCCAGGCCGAACGAAUUGCCGCCCUCCAUGCCGGGCUGGUAUCUCCACCCCGUCUCAUCCUCCAAGGCCAAGAUCGGCAUCUUCCAGGCGCGCUAGGUGAAGCCGAAAAAGCAAAUGAAGGUCUGCGAACAGAAGCCGAAAAGGAAAAGGAAAAGCAGCGGGUCAGGGCGCAGAGCGCUGGUCCAAGACCGAGUAGGCGGGAAAAGAGUAUCGAGGAGAAGGAGGAGGGCGUAAAGGAUUUUGCGCCCAGUGCGACAUGGAGACCCGAAUUCAGGUCGUUGAGGGGAGGGAGCGUCAGGCCUGCGGUGCCUGCGAGAUCAGCUACUACAUCAAGUACAGUUUCUCGUGGACCACGAGCAGGCGGAGGUCCCGUACGAGCGCAAACGAGCAUCGGUGCACCUACGCCGGCCUCUACUCCUGUGCGAGCAGGACGUGCGCAAUCGAGCCUUAGCCCUCCGCCGACUCGCAAUUCGCCCACAUCGCCCUUGAGGCAUGCUCCGAUUCGGCCAUCGGGCCUUAGACACCAGCGGUCCAACUCGUUUGCAGGGCUGGGCAAAUCCUUCCAGGCUUCAUUGGAAGAGGCGAGGCGAGCAGUGGCUACGAUCGAAGAGGGGGCAACGGACGCCGAGACUGGUGGAACGAGUCCAAAGGCAGGCGUGAACCCCAAACUGGCGAGCAAGCCAAGCUCGACGCGAUCGGGUGCAGCUGCCGUCAUGUUCCCUACUUUUAGCGACGAAGAAGUAAAGAUGGAUGCAGAACAAGGGCAGGAUAUGUCCCCCUCGGCCACACGGGUGCUCGCUCAAGAGUUGGUCGCAAAGAUCAACGAGCUGCGGGCAACAAACGAAGAGGUUCAACAGCAGCGAGAUAACCUCAAGCAGAUGCUGGAAACUGCCCAAGCCGAAGCCGACGAUCUCAAACGAGUGUGCGAACGACUCGAGCACGAGGUCGAAGUCGAGCGGAGCGGAAGCGGUGGAGGAAGCGACGGCGAGACUCGCGCGCCUCGACCCGAACGACCCGGACUUCAACUGAACAUCCCGCCUCUCGAGGUUGGCGAGCCAGAGCCUCCCGAGCUGGGGGCCGAACUGCAAGACGAUAAGAACGCGACGGACGCUGCUCCUGCUGUUCCUGCUGCUGUGGACCUGGCCUCGGAGCUCAUGAACGCUUCCAUGACCAUGUCUAAGCCGUCUACCCCUACCAGCACGGUCUUUGGAAUAGCGCCUCGGAGCCGCAGACCAUCGAUAUCCGUUAAACCUCCAGCAUCUACCAAACGAGCUCUUGGGGGUCGUGGGCUAGCGACUCGAGCGAAAACCAAUCCACGUCGUCCUGUCUCGUCGCCCACUGCGGCCGAUGCGCCCGUGACUCCUGCCAAGAAUAAAGAGGAGGCCGAAGAAGAGUUCCUCACUCCACGUACCGAAUUUGUAACCCCGCUCAUGACGCCUAUGAACGUUACGAUCCAUCAGCAAGAGGUUUACUUGACUCCUGCUUCCACUCUAAGGGUUCCCGGAGGAUUAAGCGCGCUCGCCGUCGCUUCACCCGUGACCGACGACGAAGACGCCCCGGAGCCUGGUCCUUCAAAGUCCAAGGAGGAUGGCACGAUGGCCCAGCUGCGCGCAGCAUUGGACCCACUAUUCAGCGGUGUCAUUCAAGGUCAAGGAGGACUUGCCGCUCCCCAGCCGUCGCACGCCAUCAGGCGUAAGCAAUCCCAGCUACGACUCUUGCUAUCAAAGGAUGAACCACUCGAGCCGUGGGAGACCAAGAUACGAGACUUGUACUCCGAGAUCAAGGCUUUCGAGCAAGAGGACCCGGGGAUGUCGUCGGCUGGUGAAGAUAGCCGGAAGUUCAGUCGUCGCGCACGCGCAUUGGGGCGCAUGUCUCUCAGAAGACGGGUCACAGGGGCCGAAGACUAUGCUUCGGACUAUGCAGCCGACGACUCUGAAGUCGGUGAUCGUGUAGUCAGUCGACGGCAGGAAGAAGAGCAGAAACGAUUGGCCGGGUUCCAGCUCGCGAGGAAGUUUCAGCAAAAGUCGAUGAGCACGUUUUUAGAGGUGUUGCUCCUCGUUCAGUUUGCGGUUGUCUUGGUUGUGUUUGUGUAUACGGCCGUGCGGCGGGGUCCCAAGGCAGUUUUGGGCAACAAGCGCGUGAGAUAG